UGUGUGUGUGUGUGUGUUUGGAGAGGGGUACCUCUGAACCUAGGCUGCCAGGGACAAGGGAGGGAGCAGGCUGGAGGCAGCAGCACAGUCUUGUCUGACUACGGAAAACUUCCAGCCUACCCUGGGCUGGGCUGAGGGUUGCAGGGGCCUGGGCCAGGAGUGGUGGGGUGGCAUGAAGCUCUUGGGGUCAGGAGAUGUGGAAGCUGGUGCCUCCUUGUCCCUCCACUUACCAGGCUUCUUUGUGUCUUCACAGCUCAGCCAUGCGGAGGAUGCCCUGUCUGGGGAGGAGGGUGAAGAAAAGGAGGAGGCAGAGGAGGAGGGGGUAGCCCCAGCCCCGGCCAUAGCCCGAGCUCCUGAAGAUCCCACUGAAACCCAGCUUGCAGAAGCCAGCCAGGUGCUGGGUGCCUCGGAGAUUAGGCAGCUCAGCCUCCACCUCCCCCCGAGAGUCACUGGAUACUCCUGGAGUCUGGCCUUCUGCACGGCGAGGGACGGUUUCAGCCUGCGGAGCCUGUACCGGCAAAUGGAAGGCCAUAGUGGGCCGGUGCUGCUGGUGCUGAGGGACCAGGAUGGGCAGAUGUUUGGGGCCUUCUCCUCUUCUGCAAUCCGACAGAGCAAAGGCUUCUAUGGCACUGGCGAGACAUUCCUCUUCUCCUUUUCCCCACAGCUAAAGGUGUUUAAGUGGACAGGAAGCAACUCUUUCUUUGUGAAAGGAGACUUGGAUUCACUGAUGAUGGGCAGUGGCAGUGGCCAGUUUGGGCUGUGGUUGGACGGAGACUUGUACCAUGGAGGAAGCCACCCCUGUGCGACCUUCAACAAUGAGGUGCUGGCCCGGCAGGAGCAGUUCUGCAUCAAGGAGCUGGAGGCCUGGAUACUGAGCUGAUGUCCUGGGGGUGGGCAGCUUCCUCUAGGCCUCCCUCACACAGUCAGCCGGGGGUAGCAUAUUCUGUCUGAAACACAGAUGGUAAACCCUCCUAGUACUGCCUGCAGCUGUUUGCCAGCUUUGCUGUGGUCUGGGGACCUAAGGCUGGAAUGGAAGCAGACAUUGCUAUCGGGAGAGGUGACCUGGAAGGAGUAAAAGGUACUCACACCUCACCCAAGAGGAACAAAGCCCCUCAUGAAAUCAUCUUUUUAGAAAUUAUACAAUUAAUGCAUGCUUAUUGCAGAAAACUCAGAAGACAUAAAAAAUAAAAUAAAAUAAAAAAAUAAAAUCACCUAAAAUUUAAUCACUUGCCCCAAAACAGUAAAAAAUUCAAGUAUAUCCUUCCAGACAAUGUCUUAUGGAUAUAUAUAUUCUGUUACAAAAAAUGAGAGUGUACUCUAUGCAUGUUUGGGAAGUUACUUUAGCUUAAAGAGUACUGUCCAACCACAGAAACCUCAACCAAACUAAUAAACUAAUAAAGGCCCUAUUAAACCAAACUAAUAAAGACUCUAUUAGCAUCAUUCCCUCUCUUGCCCUGUUGUGUCUUCUAGGACACUGAGGGUGUUCUGUCCACCACUGGUGCACCAGGUGCUUGUGAAUCCACUGUGUCCUUUAGUUUCAAGAGGAAGAUGUGAAAGCAGCAAACGAGCGAUGUGCAUACCUGGAUAAAGAAUUUGAAACCUCUGUAGAUGAGAACCUCACGGAGGUUAAAAGGAAGGAAGGAAUAUGUUUCCUGGUACAACUGGAGCACAGAAAACUAAGAAAAAUCCCUAUCCCUCCCAUGCAAGUGUCUGCCUCCCGCCAGAAGAAAAGGAUUCAUUAUCAUGCCACCAGCUGGAAGCUACUGAACGAGGUACACUGAACACCAUGAACCCAGUUAAACAACAUUCCCUCUCACAGACAUAACAUAGUGUUGAGGUGCUAUGAAACAUUCAUUUCCUUUGCACAAAAGGGUCAAAACUGGGCACAAAACCAGUGUGAGGGGUCAUUAAGGAGAACACCUUUGGUUUCAAGAUGUAGAUACAUUCACAAAGCUUUAUUGCAGCUGUUGCCCUCACCCAAUUGAAGUAACCAGUCAUUUGAACUUGCAGUUCUAUUUCCAUUCUCAAGGUGACAAUAUUCAGCAACUCCAGAGGCUAAGCUGUUAAAGUUUCCCUUUUUAUACACUCAGUGAAGAUGUUUCUUAAGAAAAAUUUAACCUUGUAAAUGGUACACAGUUAUCAUAAUUACAACAGUUGCAAAGAGAGCAUAAAGUGCGGCGGCCUUAUAUGUAACAAAAGAGGCAAACAAAAUAGAUUCAAGUUGUUUCUCAGAUAGCACAAUGAUACAAUAUUGGGACUACAAAAUUUCAGAGUAAACCACAAUGAUUUAAAGGUAGGAUAUGCAAAAAUAAAGCAAUUUUAGCACAAAAAAAUAUUAAAUUCUUGACCUUGGGUCUGGGCACACCAAGUCUGACACUUGUUCUCCCCCAGAUGUUUUAGAGGCCCUUGGCUAGGACAGACAUGACAUCAGUACCCAGUACCUUGGCCACCCUCACAUGUGCUUCCAUGUGAACAAUAUGCCAUCUAUAUAGCAACACCGUGGGGAUGGGGAGGAAGGGUUUCAACUAUUUUCCUAUGGAUUAUGGUUAAACCUUAACUGUCUAAUGAGGGAUUGGGGGUGAGGGGUAAUACAGGAUGGCAGACAUUCCAAAUACUUUCAUCCUAGUGUUAACAGAACAGAACCUGGUCAUAGGCGAGAGUACUCCCAACACUCCAUGGUUAUCCUGGCCUGUGGUCUGAGUUCCUCCCGCUUAUGCUGGCUGCCUCCUCACUCCCAGCCUAUCAAGGAGGCUUUUGUCAAGGGUAUGUCAAAGGAUAAGAUGUUAAGGCCUAUGGCUUUCAUCCCCCACUGCCCUGUAUCUUCAGGACCCUCUGAACAUCACCAGCUUGGACUCUAACCCCAGACUUUUUUCUUGGUGAAUUUCUACAGAAUUGGGGAUGUGAGGAGGCUGUUCUGACAGCGUGCAUUACUGUUCAACCAUGGUAGUGCCCACUCUACUGCUGGGGGCAAAGAGAAAGUGCUAGGGAAAUAAAGUUACAUAGGGGAACCUGGAAUUCACUGGGUAAGCACCGAUCUCAGUAUAGGCACUGCAGUCUUUGCUCUGACAUCCACAAAAUGCACUGACACAGCAAAAAUGAAGUUCCAGCUCUGAGGAGGCCCUGAGGAAGGUUCCUGUGACGACCUCUUAUCCACUCACAAGGGAGUUAUGGAGAAGAGGUCAGAGGUAAAGCCCUAAGAACUUGGGCAGUGAGUAGUCAGGAGAGAAAGAAACUGCCUGGGUCUGGAACCGCAACCGAACCAGACAGCAGCCAGGUUUAGGGGAUCCCUCUGCCACUGAGGCUACUUAAGAGGAGGCCAGAGCCUGCAGAUAUUCUGAAUAACUUAAUCAGGCCUCUCAUGGAACAGCUGGAGCCCACUCCUAGCCCUCAGCUCCUAUUGUUUACCCCAACCCGGCAGUGCAAUAAAGGGCUAAAAGGGUGAGGGAAGGUGUCUUUCACUUACCUUUAGAUGAUAUAAGGAGGGCUAUCCUCACAUUUUUUUUUUUUUUUUUCACAUUUAUGGAGCUCUGGUAGCACAGUGGUUAAGCACUCUGGCUGCUGACUGAAAGGUCAGCGGUUCUAACCCACCAGUCUCUCCAUGGGCGAAAGAUGUGGCAGGCUGGUUCCGUAAAGAUUUAUAGCCUUGGAAACCCUAUGGGGCAGUUCUACUCUGUCCUAUAGGGUUGCUAUGUGUCGGAAUUGAGUUGAUGACAAUGGGUUUUGGUUAUCCUUACAUUUGGGAAGUUGGAUUUAGGUUUAACCAAGGCUGUUCAUGACAAUUCCAAUUUCAAAUUCCCAUGUGUACCCUUGUCUCAUUUCCAAAUCUUAACAACAACAACAAAAAAAACAAUCAUUUGUCAUAAGAGUUCAGAGUAUAUAAAAGAGUUGUUAUUCUAAGAAAACAGACUACUAACGGAGAAGGGUUUUAAUUAACAUUAAAAAAUAAGCCAGGCUAUAAUUUUUUUUUUAUACUUUUCAUAGCACAUGUAACAAGAUUUGCCUAAUACUUAAUGUUUCUUUGAAUAAAAAAUUACUUAGCUACAGUGUGUGUAUACAUUCAAAAUAUAAGAUAAAAAGCCCUAGUUGUCACUAAAUUUGUGGAACUCUGAUCAAAUUUCCCAAGUUAAUUGUGUUGGGGAGGGAAGGCUUUUU